AUGGACUAUUUUCAAAGAACUCCAAAUGCUGUGAUUUGCAUUAUUUUUUCCUAUUUAAAUUCCACAGAAGUCGCAAGACUCGCUUCGCUAAACAAAUUAUUUUACGAAUGCACCAGCGAAUGCCUAUACAACAUCUUCACACAAAUGGGAUGGGGCAAUCCAAAAAUUUCAGAAGCAAUUCAAGCAUUUGGACAGAUUUACAGUAAGCAAGUGAUCGUUUAUAAAGACUGGGACUCAGAUCUUAUCCAGCAAGUCCAAUUCCCAGGGCUAAGAAGUGUUAAGGAAAUCAAAUUUGGGAACCUCCAUACCGCGAUUCUAAAGCAUGAUGGAGUCGUUCUGUCAGAUCUAGGAAAAAAUGAAGUCACUCCCUGCAUGUACAACAUAAAGCAAAUCGAAUGCAACAUGGAUAGAAUUAUUGGCCUUACUGAAUUCAAUAAAAUAGAAUGCUUGUCAGUCAUAGGCGGGCAGCUCAUAAAAUCCAAUUGGGAAGGUGAAGGAAAAAUCACCGCGAUCGCUGUUGGAGCUUCGUUUUUUGUAGGAACUGAAGAAGGAAGAGUUUUUGCGUUCAGCGAAACCCUUUCAGCAGAAGUCAACUUUGCGACGCCUAACACAGCUGCAAUUAAAGACUUAAAAGCCACUCCAAAGGUUCUGCUUAUUUUAACAGUCACAGGCAAGCUUUAUCAAUGUGAACUUUUCAAUUUUACAGCUACACAGCUAUUCCCUACAAAAUUCAUUGCAUUGAUAGCACUUGGCUAUUCACACUCUAUUGCUCUAGCUAGAGAAGAAUUCCCACCGCUGAAAGAUUGAAAUUCUCAGUUUCUGUGUGAAUGGAUGCAAAAAGUCGGCUUUGAAGACUGCUGCAGACUAAUCACAAACCAUCAAAUAGCAGGAAGUGAACUAGAUAAUAUGGAUGAAAAUUAUCUUUUUGAGACUUUAGGGAUUAAAGAAGCAAAUAGAAGAAACAAAUUAAAUCUGGAACUCAGUAGAGUUAAAAACUCAAGUGUUUCUAUUAGCUGUGAACUAUAUGGCUGGGGCAAAAAUUUAGAAAUGCAAAUUUGUACAGAUACAAAUAUAGUGAAAAAGCCAGUGAAAAUGAAUUUACCUGAGUUUUACGCUGAAGAAACUAUUAAAGCAAUUCAUUGCAAUAAAUUUUUUACAUUUUUAUUUAUACUUAUUUUAACUGUAGUGUUUAAAAAGAUUAAUAAGAAUUAUGCUGCUAUCUUUCAAAACUUAGUUCUUAGUUAAAAUUACAGAUAAACUCCCUGUAAUACUCGAAACCUGUAUAUACCUCGACUUGAUUCGUUGGGGUUAACUCCUCUCCUCCUGAGGAUCGCUUCAAACGGAGAGUAAGGUAGGAUUGUUUCACCAUGCUGUACGUGAGCAGGGUUCAGCAUUCAGAAAAUUCGAAAAACACAUUUACUGGUCACCUGUCGGCCAUGAUGGAAAUUCGAAGUCCUAGAUGCAACGCCUGGUAUCGCGCUAGAGAAUGAUUCCGAUUGACCAGAAGGAACCUCAAUGGAGUUGCUGGGAGUCCCCUUUCCAACUCUGAACUCCAUCUCCCUUUGAGGUAAAACCUUGGCCUGGGAUGAGCUCCGAUCGGCCUAAUUCGACAUUGCACUCCGCCAAAUCAAAUGAAACCUGUCCGGAUAUACAUUAACGAGCGCCCAUCCUCCCCUUCCACAAGGUCUCUGUGUCGCCCCCAGCUACAGGUGUUAAGAGUGUGGGUUCUUUCAAAGAUUUACAACUGCAUAUUUAACCAAAAAGCUAUACAAGUUUUGGAAGGAUUUUUGUAAAAGGAGGAGUGCCUUUCCGAAAGCUCACAAAAGACGAAAAAAAGAAUUUUGUGCACUGGAGAACAAUAGAAGACAAAUUUUCUCAAAAUUCCAAUUGCAAUAUUUUAUCAAUAUCAACCUCUACAUAUCAAAUAGGAAUCAUAUAUAAAAAUUUUUCAAAGAAAACUAGAGAAAAAACAAGAAUGAGCAUGGGUGAUGACGUAUUGAAUGAAAUCUUGAAAAAUCCAAGAUGGAAUCCAUCAGAGUUUGUGAUACAAUAUUUUAUUUUAUUUUAUAAAUUAAAAAUAGCAUAAACAUUAAUUUCGAUAAUUUUUCCCAUUUGUGAUAGGGUAUACUGACAGAUUUUUAGGCAUUUUAGAACUUUCCGCAAUUGAAUUUAGUCAAAGCGAAAUUAUUAAGCAUAGGAUCCAAUACUUCAAAAGAAAUGGAGAAAUUGUUUGGGAUCGACGCACGAGAUUAGAUCUAAUGAAAAUAAAUUAA